AACAAUUAACAAUUAAUUAAUUAAUUAAUUAGCUCUGAAAGUGAAUUAUACCAAUUAUUUCAUUCAAUUCGUGUUUCUAAGUCUCUCCUUACUUAAUACGAACACUGCAACAAGAAACUUUGCUUCCACACUGUCUUAAUCAAAUUCCACAAUGGGCAAAGCGGAGAAGGGCACUCCUAAGUACAUAGCCAACAAAAUAAAAGCCAAAGGCCUGCAAAAACUUCGCUGGUACUGUCAAAUGUGUCAGAAACAGUGUCGAGAUGAAAACGGAUUUAAAUGCCACACCAUGUCGGAGUCCCAUCAAAGACAGCUUCUUCUGUUCGCUGACAACGCUUCUAAAUACAUUGACCAGUUCUCUAAGGAGUUCUCUGAUGGUUAUGUGGAGUUGUUGAGGCGUCAGUUCGGUACUAAGCGGGUAAAUGCCAACAAAGUGUAUCAGGAUUACAUUUCUAAUAGAGACCAUCUCCACAUGAAUGCAACCCAGUGGGAGACACUGACAGACUUUGUGAAGUGGCUCGGAAGGGAAGGCAAGUGUGUGGUGGACGAGACGGAGAAGGGCUGGUACGUGACGUACAUUGACCGGGAUCCCGCCACCAUCGCCGCACAGGAGGCUAAGGCCAAGAAAGAGAAACUGGAUAAGGAUGACCAGGAGAGAAUGCUAGAGUUUGUCCAACGCCAAGUGGAGAAGGGAAAGAAGGAGAGUGACCCACAGCAGCCAACUUACACCGAACUGAAGAGAGAGAGCAGUCAGGAGCGACUCACUCUCAAUCUCAACUUGAAGAGGAAGACUGAGGACACAAAACCCAAUACAUCAAAAUCGGCAUUCAAAAUGAAAUCCAAAGAAGAUUUAACUGCUAAGAAACAGAAGUCCGAAGAGAAGAGUAAACAGACUGCUCUGGAUGAAAUUAUGCUGACACAGGAGAGAGAGAAAGAGAAGGCUAACAGAAAAGACUACUGGCUCAUGGAAGGGAUUAUAGUCAAAAUAGUGACCAAGUCGCUCGGUGACAAAUUCUACAAAAGGAAGGCAGUCGUUGAGAAGGUCAUUGACAAGUACGCAGCGCAUGUCAAGUUGACAGACGAGAAUGUCAAAUUGAAACUCGACCAGAAUCACGUGGAGACGGUGAUCCCGUCGGCGGGGCGCGACGUGUGCUUCGUGAACGGCGCCUACCGCGGCGCGCGCGGCCGCCUGCGGGACAUCGACACCGAGCGCUUCUGCUGCACUGUCGAGAUAUCACAGGGUCUUCUGAGAGGCAGAAUAUUGAAGGACGUGCAAUACGAAGACAUUAGCAAACUGGCUACGUGACACAAAUAAAUAAAUGUAGAUAUUAAUGUACCAUAAUUAAAUAAAUUAUUAUUACUUCUA